AUGUUGGCCUUUCUUUUUUACUUUAUGAGUGAAGCCUCACUACAAGUGGACAUUGUUCCAAGCCAGGGGGAGAUCAGCGUUGGAGAAUCUAAGUUCUUCUUAUGUCAAGUGGCAGGGGAGGCCAAAUACAAAGACAUUUCCUGGUUUUCCCCUAAUGGUGAGAAGCUGACGCCGAACCAACAGCGCAUCUCAGUGGUGCGAAAUGAUGACUUCUCCUCCACCCUCACCAUCUACAACGCAAACAUUGAUGAUGCUGGCAUCUAUAAAUGUGUUGUCAGUAGCGUGGAGGAGGGAGACUCCGAGGCCACCGUCAAUGUGAAAAUUUUCCAAAAGCUGAUGUUCAAGAAUGCUCCCACUCCUCAGGAAUUCAAGGAAGGGGAUGAUGCUGUGAUUGUGUGUGAUGUGGUCAGCUCGCUGCCUCCUACCAUCAUCUGGAAGCACAAGGGCAGGGAUGUUAUCCUAAAAAAAGAUGUUCGAUUUAUAGUGCUGUCCAACAACUACCUGCAGAUCCGGGGCAUCAAGAAAACAGAUGAAGGGACAUACCGCUGUGAGGGCCGGAUCUUGGCUCGUGGGGAGAUCAACUUCAAAGAUAUUCAGGUCAUCGUAAAUGUACCUCCUUCUGUGCGUGCCAGGCAGAGCACCAUGAAUGCCACUGCCAACCUCAGCCAGUCUGUCACUUUAGCAUGUGAUGCUGAUGGCUUUCCUGAGCCAACCAUGACGUGGACAAAGGAUGGAGAGCCAAUAGAAGAGGCCGAUGAUGAAGAGAAGUACAGUUUGAACUACGAUGGGUCUGAGCUCAUUAUCAAGAAGGUUGAUAAGAGUGACGAAGCAGAAUACAUCUGCAUUGCUGAGAACAAGGCUGGCGAGCAGGAUGCCACCAUUCAUCUCAAAGUCUUUGCAAAACCCAAAAUCACCUAUGUGGAGAAUAAAACAGCCAUGGAACUGGAGGAUCAGAUUACACUGACCUGUGAGGCAUCUGGGGACCCAAUCCCUUCCAUCACAUGGAAAACUUCCACCCGGAACAUCAGCAAUGAAGAGAAGACCCUGGAUGGGCGCAUCGUAGUACGUAGCCAUGCCCGGGUGUCGUCCCUGACUCUCAAAGAAAUACAGUACACAGAUGCCGGAGAGUAUGUAUGCACAGCCAGCAACACCAUUGGGCAGGACUCCCAAGCCAUGUACCUUGAAGUGCAGUAUGCACCCAAGCUUCAGGGCCCUGUGGCUGUCUAUACCUGGGAAGGGAAUCAAGUGAACAUCACCUGUGAGGUAUUUGCAUACCCCAGUGCUGUCAUCUCCUGGUUCCGGGAUGGACAGCUGCUUCCCAGCUCAAACUACAGCAACAUCAAGAUCUACAACACUCCAUCAGCAAGCUACCUGGAGGUGACACCAGACUCUGAAAAUGACUUUGGGAACUAUAACUGCACUGCUGUGAACCGCAUUGGCCAGGAGUCCUCAGAGUUCAUUCUUGUGCAAGCAGAUACUCCGUCCUCUCCUUCCAUUGACAGAGUGGAGCCCUAUUCCAGUACUGCCCAGGUGGAGUUUGAUGAGCCUGAAGCUACCGGUGGGGUGCCUAUCCUCAAGUACAAAGCGGAGUGGAGGGCACUGGACGAGGGAGAAUGGCAUUCGAGGUUGUAUGAUGCAAAAGAAGCAAAUGUGGAGGGCAUGAUCACUAUCACUGGCCUGAAACCUGAAACAACCUACUCUGUGAGACUGUCUGCAGUUAAUGGCAAGGGCGUGGGUGAGAUUAGCCUGCCAUCGGACUUCAAGACACAGCCAGUUCGGGAACCCAGCGCACCCAAACUGGAAGGUCAGAUGGGCGAAGAUGGAAACUCCAUUAAAGUGAAUGUUAUCAAGCAGGAUGAUGGUGGCUCCCCAAUUAGACAUUAUCUGAUCAAAUAUAAAGCUAAGCAUUCCUCAGAAUGGAAACCAGAGAUCAGACUUCCAUCUGGCAGUGACCAUGUCAUGCUGAAGUCCCUGGACUGGAAUGCGGAGUAUGAAGUUUAUGUGAUAGCUGAAAACCAGCAAGGGAAGUCCAAACCAGCUCACUAUGCUUUCCGAACUUCUGCUCAGCCUACUGUCAUCCCAGCCAGCACUAGCCCUACAUCAGGCCUUGGGACUGCUGCCAUCGUAGGCAUUCUCAUUGUUAUCUUUGUGCUGCUCCUGGUGGCUGUGGAUGUCACCUGCUACUUCCUGAACAAGUGUGGCCUGCUGAUGUGCAUUGCUGUCAACUUAUGCGGCAAAUCUGGCCCAGGAGCCAAGGGCAAAGACAUGGAGGAGGGCAAAGCUGCCUUCUCGAAAGAUGAGUCCAAGGAGCCUAUUGUGGAGGUGCGGACUGAAGAGGAGCGGACCCCCAACCAUGAUGGGGGAAAACACACAGAGCCCAAUGAGACCACCCCACUGACGGAGCCAGAGCACCCCGCCGAUACCGCAGCUGCUGUUGAGGACAUGCUGCCUUCUGUAACUACGGGCACCACUAACUCUGAUACUAUCACUGAAACCUUUGCCACUGCUCAGAACAGCCCCACCAGCGAGACCACUACGCUGACCUCCAGUAUUGCCCUGCCAGCCACAACCAUUCCUGAGUCAAACUCCAUGUCGACUGGCCAGGCUACUCCAGCCAAAGGGGCAGCCACCUCAGUCUCUUCACCACCACCCUCCUCCACCCCCAAAGUGGCCCCCCUUGUUGAUCUCAGCGAUACCCCAAGCUCUACUCCAGCUACUAAUAAUUUGUCUUCAAGUGUCCUGUCCAACCAAGGUGCAGUGCUCAGCCCCAGUGCUGUUGCUAACGUAGCUGAGACCUCCAAAGUGGCAGCUGGUAACAAGCCAGCUGCCGCAAGCCCUGCAAACCUUACUAGCCCUCCAGCUCCAUCCGAGCCCAAGCAGGAGGUCUCAAGCACCAAGAGCCCUGAAAAGGAAAUUGUGCAGUCCAGUACAGUGAAGAGCCCAACAGAGACAACCAAGAACCCAAGCAAUCUGAAGAGCGAGGCUGCUUCAGGCAGCACCACAAACCCCUCCCAGAAUGAGGACUUUAAAAUGGACGAAGGGACCUUCAAGACACCAGACAUUGAUCUUGCAAAGGAUGUUUUUGCAGCUCUUGGCACUACUACUCCUGCCAGUGUGACUAGUGGGCAAGCUCAUGAGCUUGCUUCUUCCACUGCAGACAGCUCUGUACCUGCUGCACCUUCAAAGACCGAGAAAAUCCCAGUAGAAGACAAAUCUGAAGUGCAAGCAACGGAAACUAAGACACCUCCAGCAGAAGUCAAGACGGUCCCCAAUGAAGCCACACAAACAAAUGAAAAUGAGAGCAAAGCAUGAUCAGCGACAGAUGAAAGCAAAUGACAGAACAACUUCACCCAAGCAUUUAAAACACAAAACACAACACACAUCUCAUUCCUCUAGUGUCUGUUGCCUUUUUUUAAGAAAAACAAACAAAACAGAAAAUGCAUAAAUAGGGGGAGGGGGGAAAUUUCUCUUUUUCUUUUCUUUUUUUUUUUUUUAAGAUUUCUAGAAAGGUUCUAUUUGUUGUGCACUUGCUUUUAAAAAGUAAUACAUUUUAAAAACAGGGUUAAACCCGUAACCAAAUCAGGGCUUAACUGACCCUGUGUAUAUUCAAAUAAGCAAAAUUGCAAAUACCAUUUGCAACAUGGUUGGGAAGCUCAGAAUCAACUAGUCCUAAAAAAAAAAAAAAAAAAAAAAAAAAAAAGACCCUGUUCUUUCCUUCGUUAGUAUAGCGGAUAUAACCACUGUACUACUUGGUACAGCUGGUACUUAAUGAACAAAGUCCACAAUUUAUUUUUAUACUUUUCAGUCGAGUUUGAAAUAUGUAAAGCCUCAUAAAUAAGUUAUAAUUUCUGUUCACCUUGUAUUUGUUCAGUAUGCAAAGUGUCUUGAGCUCUUU